CGGGGGUGCGGACUCUGCGUGAUGGCGCGCUUGCUGCGUGCGCUCCCGCUCUGGCCCUUCCGGGAGUCUCCUGGGCGCGUUGUGCGGGGCUGCGCUGGGUCGGAAUGCAGGGACACAGGGUCUCUUACGCAGCAUGAACCGACUCUCACUAAGGCUGAAUGGCAGAAGAAACUGACACCAGAGCAGUUCUAUGUCACAAGAGAAAAAGGAACUGAACCGCCUUUCAGUGGGAUCUACCUGAACAACAAGGAGCCCGGAAUGUAUCACUGUGUGUGUUGUGACAGCCCCCUCUUCAGCUCGGAGAAGAAGUUCUGCUCUGGCACUGGAUGGCCUUCGUUUUCUGAGGCUCAUGGUACAUCGGGCUCAGAUGAAAGCCAUGCAGGGAUCCUGAGACGUCUGGACACCUCGUUAGGGUCAGCUCGAACAGAGGUUGUCUGCAAGCAGUGUGAAGCUCAUCUUGGCCACGUGUUUCCCGACGGACCCGGGCCUAGCGGUCAGAGAUUUUGUAUCAACAGCGUGGCCUUGAAGUUCAAGCCAAACAAACACUGACCCUUUCCAGGGCCCACCCCCAGGCCUCUCCUUCACGCAUAUCCUUGAUUUUCAUAAUCCAGACGGAUGACUUGUUUUGUUUGCUGUUUUCUGCUGGCUCCAAGCAAGGCACAACUUCUCCUAUUUUCCUGUAGUCUGGCCCAACUCCUCCUUGGGCUGUGGGAUUUCACAGAGGGGCAGCUCUUUCCACCGUCCGCCUUCCCAAGGUAUGGGGUAGGGCGACAGGGUGGGAGCGCUUGUGGGACAUCAGGAGGGUGAUGGAUAGGAACCAGGCAGUUCCUCCAAAUGCCCCUGAGCUUGCCGUUGUAGUUUCAGGGACAUGGGAACCCUGAGCGAUCCCAGCAUUGCAGAGUAGGUCUGGGGAGGAGCUGUGCGUUGGGAAGCACAUACUGUGAUGAUGAGAUGUGUGAUGUAUUUGCCAAAUUUUUAAUGUCACAGACAUUCUCCUUUCAACCCUACUACCCACAAAUUGGCCUCAAUGUGAGUUUGUUAAGAUUCUGUUGAUUACAGUGAAACCUUCACCCUUAUACCUUCUGGCUACACAUUUAAACUUUAAAAUGUUCAAAUAAAAUAUUUACUGAAAUUAA